UGAGAUUCCAAGCAAACGACAAGCAAAAGGCAACGCAUAAGGCAAAGCAAACGGUUGAGUAGUGAGAUCGUGUGCAUGUGUUUAUUAAAACGCCACAAUAAACAACGAAAAAAACAAAAUACGUUGAUUAUAGUUAUUCAAAUAUAAAAACUAAACGUUCGUUAAACACCAAUUUUUGCCUUGGGCAUUGAAACGAAAGAGCUGUAAUUGGUACAAGCACACGAAUCAAAAUGCCAUAAAAAUCAGUUCUUGGAAUUUUUGGGUAACAUAUAUAAAACGGUUUUUCUGAGAACUACCAAUACCAGUGCCAACAAGUGCCUCGUACCCGUGCCCCAGGUAUUUUCUUGUCUAUCGAAGCAAAGAUGCAAAUCAAUGAUUGCAAAGAAACAAAAAUGCAACAAAUAACAUUUGCGCUCGCUAUUAUCUUAGCCUGCUGCAUUGUGGGCCUAAACGGACAGCCUCCGUCGCCCGGAUGGGUGGUGCCGGAGAAGGCGGAGGUGCCCGUUGGCAGCGAUCUGAAUAUCACCUGCACCAUCAAUCAGGCCUUCUUCGAUUCGUCAAAAACAAAUGAGACCUGCAGGGUGAACGAUUUGUAUUUCAAGGCGAAUAUCAAUGAUGCUGUGCGUUACUUCAAUGGCAGCGAUCUGCAAAUUAUCAACGAGACCACCAUAAUGAUGUCCUUUAAGAAUAUGUCCGAUCAGGAGGGCGAAUAUCUGUGCAUGUGCAAAGAGAUGGGCAUGUUCUCAUCGAAGGUGGAUGUCGGCACCAAGCCGUUGCCGGUUCAAGAUUUCAAUUGCACCAGCUACGAUUGGGACUACAUGUUUUGCAAUUUCACCGAGCCCAGGAAUAGCAUUAAUACUAAAUACAAUAUCAGCUUUACAACGGACAAGAAUACGAAUUAUCGCUACUAUGUCGAUUGCAACUUUGAUGCGGCGCCCGUGGUCAAUUGCAACAUAACGAGCGAACAGUAUAAGAAGUUUUCGCAAAUCUAUUUCUUUCGUUUGGACAUUGCCAACACGUUGGGCAAUGCCAGCCAGGAUAUCGAAGUGAAUAAUGUGGAGCGCAUGGUCCUUGCGCGUCCUGGCCAAAACUUGAAGCUGCUCAAUCGCACCAAGGACUCGAUCUGUUUAUCGUGGGAGACACCGCGGCGUAGCAAUUUCGUUGGCGGCGUCCUCUGGCGUGUCUUUGUCACACCUGAAAACUUUCCCACCUUGGUGCGUCCGAUGUGGCGCAAUAAUUCAUCGGCCGCCAAGGAUACGCUCUGUCUCACUGAACUGCCAUAUCCCGGCUACAAUUAUCUGUUGGAGCUGCGCGUGCGCAAUAAUAAAACCAAAUCCCGUUGGAGUCCGCCGCUCAACUAUGAAUUUCGCACAGCUGCUGAGCGACCGGCACGGCCGCCGCGCGUAACCAACGGCAGCUUCUAUGUUUACUCGUCGGAGUCAUCGCUCACCCUCUACUGGGAGCAGCUGCAAAAGCAUGAGAUGAAUGGAGACAACUUUACCUAUGUUAUUAGCGAGAUUCGAUGCAAUGAUACCAUCAGCGAUGCCUCCAAGAUAAAAGUGGAUACAAAUUCGGCGACGAUUGACAAUUGGAAACGGGAUGCACAUUACGAGGUCUUCAUACGGAGCAGCAACAUCAUGGGCACUUCUUUGGAGGCGAGCCGGCUCUAUAUACCUAGCAUCAGCAGCGAAGAUAGGCGGCUGCGUAUGCCUUUGAAAAUACAGGGUGUCUAUCAUUCGAGCAAUUCCAGCUAUACGCUUGGUUGGAAGCCACCGAAGAACACCUCGGGAUUGAUCGAUUAUACGGUGUUCUGGUGCAAUGCAAAGCCAGCACUCCUGUCCAAGUGCAAUGGCACCAUUCACUUCGAGCAUGUCUCUCCGGAUCGCUUGGAGUAUAGCACGGCCAGUGGACAAUCGCCAUCGCUGAAUAUGGCCGUAUCGGCGAACUUUGUUGGCCGGAAUACGGGCAUGCAUUGGGUGACUUGUACGGGCGAUGGUAACGAUGAUCUGGCCAAGAUGGAUCCAGCCAUUGGUGAAUUGACCGACACAUCUAUUACCGUUAAAUGGGGCACCGAAGGUGUCUGUGCGGCUAUCUUAAGUGGCUACAAUCUGACCUAUUGCAAGCGAUCGGACGGCAAGCCGGAUAACUGUACAACCAUGGAGCUGCCCAAAGAUGCGACAUCCUAUAAAAUAAUGAAUCUAGAGCCCUAUACCUUCUACACGAUCAAGAUGUCCAUGUAUUCGCCGAAGCGUGCCAGCAAAUACAGCGAUGAACUGUUCCAGCGUACAGCCCAGGGUGCACCCACUCCGCCGCGCCAGCUAAUGUAUUUGAAUGUGACCAACUCGAGUGUGCAUCUUGCGUGGAAGCAACCGAUCAAGGCGAAUGGCAUGCUGGUCGAAUACCGGGGCAGCAUAACUCAUGACAAUACUACCAAUUACUUUGAUGUGCCCACCUUAACCGCCGAGCUGGUCAACAAUGAGAAGCACUAUGUAUUAAACAACUUGACUGCCUACACGGAAUAUGAGAUCAGUUUGCGCGCAAAGACCAUACACUACUCGGAGCCAAGCAAUACGAUACGCUUCAGGACAGCGGUCGGAUUGCCCUCGCCACCGACUAAGCUACAUGUGGAGAAUUCACCGUGGAGCACGGUGCUGGAGUGGAAGCCGCCAUCGUUUCCGGCUGGACGAUUGGAGUUCUAUGAGGUGGUCAUAAUUGAGAGGAACGCUAAUAACACAAUUAUUGGUCAACCAUUCAGUUAUGUGAGCGCACGUCCAAAUCUCACCUGUGUAAUGAAGACGCCGCUUUGUACGCCGCUGCACCGUUUCACUUACAAGGUGCGAGCUGUGAAUGCGGAGAUAUUGGAUCCAAUGCUAUUAACGCAUGUGGACAAGACGUUUACUCGUCAAUCAAUGCAAAGCCAAAAAUGCGAUGCUCAGCCCCCAUUGACGGAUAGCGAAUGGAGCGACAUACAAAACUAUCUCAAUUCGAGUCUCUAUCGAUUGUACAAAUCCGCAUGGACCACCCAUGAUGUGAGCUGCUCGCCGGGUCAGAACAAUUUCAAGGUGUUCGUUACCUCCGUGGAGGUGGCUACCUCUAUCAUCUUCUUUUGUGCAUUCGCAUACAUGGCCUAUCGCAAGCUAUUGAAGAUGUCCGAUAUCGAUCUGGUGCUCCCACCUGGCAUUGAUGAGACCCGCAAGAAACCCAUCGACCAUGGCUCCAAUGGGGGCGGCACUGGUGGCAGUGCCGGCGGGGGAGUUGGUAUCGGCAUCAUUGCAACACGACUCGAUCUGCCGCAUUAUUCGCAACACGAUUUGCCACAAGAUUUCAGCAGCGGCAACGAGAGCUCCAAGCUGCUUUUAGCCAACAGCUCGAGCGGUGGUAUGCUCGAGCAACGGGAUGCGUAUGAGGAGCGGACGUUGACAACGUUGCCACCGUCCAGCUACAUGUCGAUGAGCCAAGGACUGCUGCUUGACGACGAUAGCCAAAUGACCGCCACAGAGCUGCAGUCAAGCAGCCAAGCGAAUCCAAAUCUAAAUGCAAACUCAAAUCCAAAUCCAAAUCCAAAUGCUGGUGGCUAUAUAAAGCCCACGCAAAUGAAGAACUGGACAACGCCGAGCAGCAUGGCCAACACAUUGCCCAGCACAGCCAAUGGACAGCUGAGUAUGCCCCUAAGUGGCUACGUCCCUGUUCAGGUGCUGCAGUCGCGGCCAACAAAUGCGCCCGCUGCUACGGCUCCGGCAGCAGCAGCAGCAGCCACGGCGGCAACACAAGCGCCGAUGCACCUGCUCAAUACGAGCAACUAUGUGCAGGCGGCUGAUCUACACAAGCUGAAGCCGCUAGCGCCAAUGAGUGGAGUGACUGGACCAGCUAUGCCGACAACGCUAGCUGCCACGCCGCUGAUGAUGCCCAAUGGCUUCGGCUAUACGGCCAUGGAGCAAUUGCAGCGGAAUGGCUUGAUCAAGCCAACACCUGCAACGGCUGCUGUGUCAACGGCACAGCAGUCGCAGCAAACGCCGCAAAGAUUGCAGCCAAAUAUUGGUGGAUAUGUGACUCCACAGGAUCUGAAUGCAUUGGCGCACAAUCGUCAUAUGCUCUAAAGCUAGAGAGGAUCAUGCACAGAGAGAGCGAGCGAAAGAGAGAGCAACACAUACACACAGACACACAC